GUGCAAUUUAGUUCUACAACUUGAGAUUUGACUAUGUUGUUAUUAUUAUCAUCAUAAAAAUGGAGGAAAAAAACAUCCUUAUGAAAUUUUCAAUCUUUAAGCAUAGCAGUGGUAAGUGUAACUUGCAUGUUGAUAAGUGGACAUAUUUGGACAUUGUAAUCCCACUUAUUCUAACCUCACUAACAUCAUAUCAUCUAUAAUGUUGUGACAUGACAUACCAGUAAACCAAAGCGCAGUGCUUGAUUCAUUCACAACACAUAAUAAAAUUGAAAUUCAAAAUGGAUAUGAUAAAUAAUACUAGCAGUGAGUACUUAAAUGUUACCAUAACAAAUUCAAAUAAUAUUGGUCACUCAAUUGAAAGAAGAUUCAAAAAAGACUUGAUCAUUCAAGAGUUCAAAAAUAAGCUUGAAUUAUUAGUUGGUGGACAAUCUAAUUCAAUGAAGCUAGAAGUGUACAAUGAGAAUAAUGAUAUUGUUUGUAAAAUAAAUGACAAUGAUCGUGCUCUUGGAUUAUAUCCAAUAAAAGAUGGAAUGCGGAUACAUGUGAUACUCAAUUCUGAGGGUGAUACAGCUGAUCCAUCUGCUGUCGAAAAAUUUGAAUUAUCAGAAGACCAAUAUGCUAGCAGAUCCGACACUGUCAAAGCAUUUCUUAAAGAACAUAAAUUAGGAAAGUACAAUGAAGAGGAAACAAAGCGAAAAGAAGAAGAGAAACAAAAAGAAUUAGAAAAUGAAGAAAAACUUAUAAAAUCUAUGAAAAUUGGUGAUAGAUGUGAAGUAAAUGUACCAGGUGCUCCCAAAAGAAAAGCAACUAUUAUGUAUUUAGGUAAUACAGAAUUUAAAAGUGGUUGGUGGGUAGGAGUUAAGUAUGAUGAACCAUUUGGAAAAAAUAAUGGGUCAGUAGCUGGUAAAAAAUAUUUUGAAUGCAUUGACAAGUAUGGUGGAUUUGUUAAACCGGCUCAUGUAGUCAUAGGUGAUUUCCCAGAGGAUGAUUUUGAUUUGGAUGAAGAAUUAUAAGAAAAGUAUCACAACUUUUUCAUACUGUCGUUGUUAUAGUUUUAAAAUUUAUAAAAAUUGAUAAACCUCAGUGCAUUCUAACUGAGUAUAAUUUCAAUAAUUUUAGAAACUUUUGUAUAUUGUCCAUCCCAUAGGAAUUUACCAAGUAUGAUGAAUAAAAUAUUUUAUCUAAUUUUAUUAAUAAUAUUUUUUUCAAUGGUGUUAAAAGUAUGAUCCAACAAAUGCUAUUAUAUUUAUUUUUAGUGUUUUGAAAGCAAGCGUUUUCAGGAAUAGCUAUGUUUGUAUUAAAAAAGUGCACAACUAUUUUCAAAAAUUGUUUAUUUUCUCAAUAUUUUCAAACAGCAUUUUUGAUUACUUUGAAUAUUUCAUUUUUUCAAACUAAAAAUAAUCAAGCUCUUACCUUGUGCUUAAUACUUGAUUACUUUUUGCAAUAUAAAUUGUAGGUAUCAAGGUUGUUUUCAAAUUGCACAAAUUUUAAUAAUUUCACUAUCAUUAAUUUCAACCAUAGUAUAAUGCCAACAAAUAAAUGUACAUAGAUUUUGACACAAAUGAAGGAACAAUUUAUUGUUAAUAAUUAUUUUUUUUAUUUUGUGAAAUCAGUGUUACUAAAAUAAAUACAUAAUGCACAUAUAUGUCAAAGGUUGUACAAUUAAAAUUAAAAAUUAAGUACUAUACAAUUUUUCCACUAAAAUCUAUAUAGAUCAUGUAGCUGUACAUUUUUUGCAGUAUAUCAAUAAAAAUCAAUUAUUUCUCAUAAAA